AUGCAGGUAGCCGGUACCGGCACCGGAGCGCGCCGGGUCCUCGUCGGGUCCCAGCCCCGCGCGUCGGCCCAGCCCAGCCGGGACCCCCCGCGACAUGCGCGUCCCAGCCCUGCGCUGAGCAGGCGGCAAUGUGGGGACUCCGACCGGGGGCUGCUGCGGGGGCUGCUGCUGGCGCUGGCGCUGGGCGGGCUGGCGCGGGCCGCGGGCGUCGAGGUGGAGCCCGACGGCGCGCACGGCGAGAGCGUGGGCUUCCAGGUGGUCACCUUCGAGUGGGCCCACGUGCAGGAUCCCUACGUCAUCGCGCUCUGGAUCCUCGUGGCCAGCUUGGCCAAGAUCGGCGACCUGCAGAUUGGGCUGCUGGACUUCCUCCUGUUUGGCAGCCUCAUUGCUGCUGUGGACCCGGUGGCCGUCCUGGCCGUGUUUGAGGAGGUCCAUGUCAACGAGGUCCUGUUCUUCAUCGUCUUUGGGGAGUCGCUGCUGAACGACGCAGUCACCGUGGUUCUGUACAAUGUGUUUGAAUCUUUCGUGGCGCUGGGAGGUGACAAUGUGACCGGCGUGGACUGCGUGAAGGACAUAGUGUCCUUCUUCGUGGUGAGCCUGGGGGGCACGCUGGUGGGGGUGGUCUUCGCCUUCCUGCUGUCGCUGGUGACGCGCUUCACCAAGCAUGUGCGUAUCAUCGAGCCCGGCUUCGUGUUCAUCAUCUCCUACCUGUCCUACCUGACGUCCGAGAUGCUGUCGCUGUCGGCCAUCCUCGCCAUCACCUUCUGUGGCAUCUGCUGUCAGAAGUACGUGAAGGCCAACAUCUCGGAGCAGUCGGCCACCACCGUGCGCUACACCAUGAAGAUGCUGGCCAGCAGCGCCGAGACCAUCAUCUUCAUGUUCCUGGGUAUCUCGGCCGUGAACCCGUUCAUCUGGACCUGGAACACGGCCUUCGUGCUCCUGACGCUGGUCUUCAUCUCCGUGUACCGGGCCAUCGGUGUGGUCCUGCAGACCUGGCUUCUGAACCGCUACCGCAUGGUGCAGCUGGAGCCCAUUGACCAGGUGGUCCUGUCCUACGGGGGCCUGCGAGGGGCCGUGGCCUUUGCCCUGGUGGUGCUUCUGGACGGAGACAAGGUCAAGGAGAAGAACCUGUUCGUCAGCACCACCAUCAUCGUAGUGUUCUUCACCGUCAUCUUCCAGGGCCUGACCAUCAAGCCCCUGGUGCAGUGGCUGAAGGUGAAGAGGAGUGAGCACCGGGAACCUCGGCUCAACGAGAAGCUGCACGGCCGCGCUUUCGACCACAUCCUCUCGGCCAUCGAGGACAUAUCCGGACAGAUCGGACACAAUUAUCUCAGAGACAAGUGGUCCCACUUCGACAGGAAGUUCCUCAGCAGGGUCCUCAUGAGACGGUCGGCCCAGAAGUCUCGAGACCGGAUCCUGAAUGUCGUCCACGAGCUGAACCUGAAGGAUGCCAUCAGCUACGUGGCUGAGGGAGAGCGCCGUGGGUCCCUGGCCUUCAUCCGCUCCCCCAGCACCGACAACGUGGUCAACGUGGACUUCACGCCACGAUCGUCCACCGUGGAGGCCUCUGUCUCCUACCUCCUGAGAGAAAAUGUCAGCGCUGUCUGCCUGGACAUGCAGUCGCUGGAGCAGCGACGGCGGGGCAUCCGGGACGCGGAGGACAUGGUCACGCACCACACGCUGCAGCAGUACCUGUACAAGCCACGGCAGGAGUACAAGCAUCUGUACAGCCGACACGAGCUCACGCCCACGGAGGACGAGAAACAGGACGGGGAAAUCUUCCACAGGACCAUGCGGAAGCGCCUGGAGUCCUUCAAGUCGACCAAGCUGGGGCUCAACCAGAACAAGAAGGCGGCCAAGCUGUAUAAGCGGGAGCGUGCCCAGAAGCGGAGAAACAGCAGCAUCCCCAAUGGGAAGCUGCCCAUGGAGAGCCCUGUGCAGAAUUUCACCAUCAAGGAGAAAGACUUGGAACUUUCAGACACCGAGGAGCCCCCCAACUAUGAUGAGGAGAUGAGUGGGGGAAUCGAGUUCCUGGCCAGUGUCACCAAUGACACAGCGUCCGACUCCCCUGCAGGAAUUGACAACCCUGUGUUUUCUCCGGACGAGGCCCUGGACCGCAGCCUCCUGGCCAGGCUACCGCCCUGGCUGUCUCCCGGGGAGACGGUGGUCCCCUCGCAGACGGCCCGCACGCAGAUUUCCUACUCUCCCGGCACCUUCCGCCGCCUGAUGCCCUUCCGCCUCAGCAGCAAGUCCGUGGACUCCUUCCUGCAGGCAGACGGCCCCGAGGAGCGGCCCCCCGCCGCCCUCCCCGAGUCCACACACAUGUGACGCCGGCUCCGACACGCCGCUAACCGGACGCUCGUCCCCGCGCCACGGUCCGCCCACCGCCGCCGCCGCUGCCGCCGCUGUCCCAGAGAAACCCCAGAUCCCCGCGCGGCUACAGCGAUCGCGAGCCCCGAGCCCCGCCUCACC